AAAAUAAAAGAAACAAAUGGGGUUGUCUUCUCAAUAAAAGGCAAAAGGUGGUGCAAUUGUGAUAAGAUAGGAUUGGAGAUUGGAGAUGUGGAAUCUCGGCCAAAUUUGUGCAUUAAGUACUAGUCAAUCGAAAAGAAGCCAGUGUUUGAAUAUGGUAGCAGGAACCUGUGCUAUCUUGUUCUGAGAUGACAGACAUUGAAAAUAGGAAGAUCGAGCUAUAGAGAGGGAAAUGUCUUCAGUACAGCAUACUCUGGGAUGGAUGGUGGGAUAUUUAUCAGGAACCAAAAAAUGCUUUUGUGGAGAUUUUGUGAUGGAAGGAAAUAACAAUGUGAACAUCUGUCACGUAUGGUAGAUGAUGAGGCAUGAAAGGAAACGGAUGAGCAUAAGAUCCCAUACAUUCUGUAACUGGUUUCUUUCUCGAUCCUUUGUACUUCAUUAUGAGAUGAUGGUUCUCAGACAUGCAAGGAGGACUUGCAUUUUAGGAAGAUUCCUCAAAUUAUGAAGGGACUCAUGCCAAGAACGAGAAUCGCUCAAAAAACACAUCUAGGAGCUGUUGAGUGAAAGGAGGUCCAUGCUUGUUCAUGCGGGAAGUUCUAUACACCGCUCAGUUUUUCCCACCAUUGAUGCCUUAAGGCGUUACCAUGAAGGUCUUUGACAUUUUUAUGAGGUUCAAGUGCCAAACAACCAAGUAGUAGAAUAAGAACCUGUCCCUGGUUCCCUUGACCUCAGGACCAUAUACAAGAAAGAACAAAGAAAAAAACGAUAAGCAAGAAUCUGAUUCGCCGCAAUCCGUGACAUGACUCAAUAAGGCUAAAGUGAAUGAAGGAAACAGAAAGGGUGAUCUUUUCUAAUAAAUGUACUCCUCUACACUACAAGGAUGCAAAUCCCUAGGUAGUUUCUAUUCAGAAGAAAGUUCAGGCCAGAAUUGAGAUCUAACCUAAAAUUGGUUCUUUUUAAUGAGAUAAACAAGAUGUUUAGGCUAGAAUUGGAUUCAGACCUAAAGUUGGUGUUUUUGUGAGAAUUUUUUUUUUGUCAAAAUUGAGACUCGAGCUAAAGUUGGAGAUUUUUAAGAGAAUUUGGCCAAUAAUAUCAAAGACAACUUUGAAUAGAAUCUGGUUCAACUUCGCCCGAUUAUUUCAAUGAGUCAACUUUCUCCUCGCUCUUUUUUCUCUUAAUUCGACACUUUCAUUCACGUGAAGUAUUAUUCAUUGGCAUCUGUGUGCUGCUAGCCUUUAAUUAGAUCCUCAGAUAGUUGCUUUCCCAUACCAACCGUAGUCUCUGAGAUAUCGAAUGGCAGAUAGGAGAGAGAGAUGCAGUUGGUGUGGUGUGCAACUUGUGGUGCCGCCGGAGGCGCAAGCAGUUCAGUGUGCCGUGUGCCUGUCUGUCACCAAAACUAACCUCUACGUUCCUCCACUGACUCAAGCUCAGAAUUCUCUAUACCGUGCAGCUAACUUGUUAAAAGGGCUCGUUGGCACUGUCGCAAACAACAUCAAUUCUCUAGCCAAAUCGACCGGCAACUCUCCUGGAGCAUACGCAUCAAACUGUGGCUAUUAUUCUCCUGCUCCGUCUCUGCCACUGCUGCCUCCUUCAGUCCAUGGCAGGAAGCGUGCUUUGCUUUGUGGAGUAACCUAUAGAGGAAAGAGGUACAAGCUCAAAGGAAGUGUCAACGACGUGAGGUGCAUGCACUACUUCCUGGUCGAGAAGAUGGGCUUUCAAAAUGACUCCAUACUCAUUCUCUCAGAAGAAGAGACUGAUCCACUCAGGAUCCCAACAAAGCACAACAUCCUCAUGGCCAUGCGAUGGUUGGUCCAUGAUUGCCACUCUGGUGACUCAUUGGUGUUUCACUUCUCUGGCCAUGGCUCAAGACAGCGCGAUUAUGAUAUGGACGAAAUCGAUGGGUUUGAUGAAUCUCUCUGCCCAGUUGAUUAUGAGAUUGCAGGGAAGAUAAUUGACGAUGAAAUUAACACCACCAUUGUAAGACCGCUGCCUCGAGGAGCCAAACUCCACGCUGUAAUUGAUGCCUGUUACAGCGGAACCAUGCUCGAUCUACCCUUUUUAUGCAGGAUGAACCGAGAAGGUACCUACAGAUGGGAAGAUCAGAGAGGCGUCUCAGCUGCUUAUAAAGGCACAGGAGGUGGGCUAGCCCUCUCUAUUAGCGCUUGUGAUGAUAACCAGAGCUCUGCGGACACAACGGCGUUAUCAGGUAGCACGGCAACUGGUGCCAUGACAUACAGCUUCAUUCAAGCAAUGCAAAAUGGGAAUGAACUCACAUACGGCCAUCUACUGAACGCCAUGCGUCAUACGAUUCGCGAGGCCAGCACCGGAGUACGUCUUAAGGGUCCAAUCGCAUCCCUUGUUAACAAGGUGCUUGGUGCUGGUUUGACUCAGGAAGUUCAACUAUCAUCAUCCGAAGUGUUUGACAUUUACGCAACAGAGAUUUCUCUGUGACUUGAGCUUUCCCGUUCUUGAUAAUUCGGACAUCAUAUUCCACUGAGCUUUUUUAUCGCAGUAUAGGGUGAAAGUCAUUAUCUCUAUGAUAUAUGAGAAUACUUUUCUGUAGUUUUCCAUAUUGAAAGAAUAUUAUCUGCUGUAUUUGCUAGAUUAUAGUACAAUCUACAACGAGAAGCAUUUGCUCUCUUCCAUUCUCAAAGCUUAGAUUACAUAACUUCAUAUAAUACCUUAAAAUGCUGUUGCUGUAUCAAUACCAUACACCUUGCACCCUCUAGCUAGUGAAGAAACUUCUUUUAGUAAACUAAUUCAACUACAUAUUCACUGAAGAAGUAAGAGCUUGCGAGAAGCCGUGCACCAGCGAGUGAAGGAGGCAUGAAGAUUAGGCCAGUCGGAUGAUGGGCAAUACAUGAAGUGGUGAAGCCACUGGGAGAGCACUUGUUCCUGCUCCUCCUCCUGUCCCAGCAUUUCGAUGGUUUCCUCCAACACCCUCUCCAGUUCAGCUCUUUCGCUGAGGCUUAGAACGGGGACAUCUGUUCCAUUGCUUGCUCUGCAUAGCAGCGGCAACCAUGACAUCAACAUAUUCAUCCUUGUCUGCCGUUGUUGCUC